AAAGUCCGAAUGCAACUGUGAAGUGUGAAGUGAGAAAGGAGUAACAAUGGAACCAGAAGGCAACAACGCCAGCAGCUAUUCCAUUAACUGGAUGGCGGAGCAUGGAUCUUUUGAGAAUUCUAUCUCGUUCAAGUCUCCGCCUUCUCCAACCGCUGAAGACGCCGAUGCAGGAGAUACGAAUAACAUUGCUUUUGAGGUAGAUCCUAAACGUAAGAAGCCAUAUGAAUCUGAAUCUGACUCUGAUGUUUUUGAUCAAGAAGCUUGUCAAAAAGCGCUUGCUAGAAUGAUAAUUAUUAAUGGACUACCAUUUAGUUUUGUGGAGCGUGAGGGUUUUAAAGGUUUUGUUAGAUCCAUUCAACCUAGAUUUCAACUUGUGUCACGUGCCACUAUAGCUAUGGAUUGCAUGAAAUUAUAUAUAAGUGAGAGAAAAAAAUUGAAAGAAGAUAUAAAGAGCUCAUCAAGAAUAUGUUUGAGCAGUAACCUUUGGACUUCUGCUCAAAACCUUGAAUUUGUGUGUCUUACUGCUCAUUAUAUUGAUAAUGUUGGAAUUUACAAAGAAAAGUUAUUAAUUUUCGUCCAGUUCCAACUCCAGAUAGUGGAGAGGCCAUUGCACGCAUAAUUGAGUUAUGCUUGUUAUCUUGGGGUUUAGAAAAUUUUGGCACUAUAACUAUGGAUAAUUCAUCUUCAAGUGAGGUUGCCGCUCAAACUUUAAAAAGAAAAUCGACUGAAAAGAGCAGUCUUUUAUUGGAUGGUGAUCUCUUUCAUGUACAUUGUGCUACUCAUAUUUUGAAUCUCAUUGUGAAGAAAGGGUUGGAUGAAAUUCAAGGUUCAAUAUGUCGUGUCCGUGAAAGUGUGAAGUAUGUUAGAAGUUCACCAUAUGUUUACAACAAUUCAAAAAAUGUAUUGAAGAGAGAAUAAUGAGUUAGAAAUCAGUUUGUUUAGAUGUCCCUACCCAAUGGAACUCCACCUACUUUAUGCUUGAAUGUUCUUUGCAGUACCAAAAAGCAUUUGAACGCUUGUAAGAACAAGAUGUGGAUUUCUUAAUAUUGGGACCCCCUAUGGAGGAGGACUGGGAUAAGAUUAAGAGCUUAUGUAGAUUUUUAGGGAUCUUUUUGAAAGAAUGGUAGGU